GAUGUCGGAGGACUGGAUUAAAUGUGGCAAUAGGGGUGUUGCGUUGAGCGAAACAAUACGCAAAACAAAAGCUUCAAGUCGUAUUUGUAACGGGCUAAUUAUUCUUCAUACAUUCGGCGCUAUUGCAUACGUUGCUGGCAUCCUCUUGGCCGACGUCGACGUCACCGAUCAAACUAGCGAGCUGCCCCUCGUGAUGAAAAUGGAAUAUCCCUUCGUCAUAGACACGCGAAGCAAGUACGAUCUGGUGUUAGCUACACAAUUUGUGUAUGCGAUGGUGUGCAGUUGGGAAGCUGGUUUAUUCAACGCUCUGUUUCUAACUCUGACUCUACAUUUAGGCAGUCAAGUAAACAUUCUACUUUGCUGGUUGGCGGAAAUGGAGCCUAAUAAAAUUGAAGAAGAAAAUAAAUCAUUUGUCGUCUCUAUAACAAACAUUAUUCAAAAACAUCAAAGAGUUAUCAAUCUUUCAAAAAAUAUUGAAAGUCUCUAUUCAUAUAUCGUUUUACUGCAAUUUACAUCGAAUACACUACAGAUUUGCUCAUUAGGAUUUCUUAUCAUAACCGCAAUCGGCAAUCCAAAUGCCACUGAAAUGAUAGGAAGAUCUCUCUUAUUUUACACUCUAACAAAUCUCGAGACAUUUAUAUUUUGCUUCGCUGGAGAAUAUCUGAGCAACAAGAGCAAAGCAAUUGGAAAUGCAGCGUACAAUUCCGCAUGGUACGACAUGAAGACUAAAGAAAGUAAUAUUUUAUUAUUUAUAAUUUUGAGAUCGCAGAAGCAAUUGAAAUUUACAACAGGCAAGAUGAUGGACCUCUCCUUCGAAUCCUUCACAAGUAUUAUGAAGGCUUCAGCAUCGUACUUGUCGGUACUGUUGGCAAUGAAAUAA